CUUCAAAACGGCCAUCGUCACGCGCAUGAAAUAUCCAACCCAGUUAGCGGAGAAAAACUCUCAAGGCUCGUUGCAUUUUGCGUGGGAGAGAGGGUGAAAGAACAAAACGUGGCUGUUCAGCUACAGUUCCUUUGACAUGUUUUGUUGAAAAACAAAUUCCACCAUCAUUGCAAAGUGAAGGACAUAAAUUUUAAGGUCAAGAGGAGUAAAAUUAAUUAAUCAUUACAGGAACAAGCAGGCCGAGAUCACAGAGAGGGUGGAAUGACAAGCGCAGAGACUGCAAAUGAAGAAGUUGUUUGCUUAGAACUUCCAGCGCCUUCUGGUUGGAAGAAGAAGCAGUUCAUGCCCAAGAAAAUUGGGACCCCAAAGAAGAGUGAGAUUGUAUUUACAAGCCCUACGGGAGAAGAAAUCAGUAGCAAAAGACAAUUGGAACAGUAUCUGAAAGCACAUCCUGGCGGUCCAGCAUCUUCAGAGUUUGAUUGGGGCACUGGGGAGACCCCAAGGAGAUCAGCAAGAAUUAGUGAAAAGGUCAAGGCAUCACCGCCAGCAGAAAGUGAAUCCCCAAGGAAGCGUAGUAAAAAAUCAUCAGCUUCAAAGAAGGAUGGCAAAGAAAUAGAAAAUGCCCCUGAAAGAACUGAGGUAAUCGAUGAAGUUCAUAUGAAAGUGGCUGAAAAGAUUGAGAAGGAUAAUGCCGAGUUAGAAGUAGAAAAGGAUGUUCUAGAGGAAAGUCAAGCUGAGAAUAAAGAUGAACAAGAUCCAGAUGCCAAAAUAGAAGCUCUUCCUCCUAAAGGAGCCAAAGCUGAAGAAGUUAUUGAUAUGCCUAAGAAUGCUGAAGUAUCCAAGAAAGAUGCUGGUGCAAAACCUGAUGUUUCUGAAGUAACUGAGCAUAUAAUUGAAAUGGAAAGUGCAAAAGAUCAAGAAAAGGUUGAUAAACCUCAGGUUGAGACACAGCAAGAGAAUUUGAAUACUUCUGGUCCCAAUGAGAUUAGCAAGGUGGAAGAAGUGAUUGACAAUGGUUGCCAUAACAGUGAUGCAGGCAAGCUCAAGCCUUCUGUUACUGCUUAAAUGGAUUAAUUUACUACAAACUUCUGAUUCACCUCAUUCUGACUCUUUUAGCUGAUGAAAUCUUUAAGCCUGUACUCUGUUGUUAAUUAUAGAUAUCUGAUUGUCCAAACAAUAAGUGCCAUCUAUACAAUCGUAGGUAGGUACAUACUAUAGCAACCCUCCAUUCUACUGGAGGGACUUGUAGUUGCAGUGACCCUAAUGCUGUGUUGUUAAGUACUGCUAAUAUGAUGUUUUUAUGUUGCUAUAUGAUAAUAAAUGAGAAAUGUAUGAAUUCAUGAA